AGAAAUAAUAGAAUGGCUUAAAGCACUAUCCCUGCAUACAUAUGGAGGCUCCAUUCAGAUAUUGGAUUGCUAACUGUGGUUGGUCUCCUCCUUUUUGGAAAGCUGCCUUAAGGUGGUGGCCGUCAACACGUCCUGUGGCAGCAAGCAAAUUCCAUGAGCAAAUCUGAAACUGCCUAUGGAAUUGAGCCGUAAUUACAAAUAAGUUACUUAUAGGCAUAUAAAAAAGAUGAGGCACUGGGAGGAUGUGACUCAGCAGGAGCCCAGGGUGGCCUUAACCAAAGCUGGCUGUGGAACGGAACGUGAAGAUGAUUGUGGAAAGUUCUCUCCCAGGGUGCCUGUGACCGGUGGGUCAUUCUCUGCCAUUCUAUCAAGUCCAAUCCAGAGGCUUAAAGUCCACCCGGGUUGCCUCUCCGCAAUUGUACCUGGCACUGAAUUGCUCUUGCCCAGGUUGUGAAAUCACUGGGCUUCCAGUCCCAGCGUGGUUUUUAUUAUUUUCGGAGGCUGGCUGAGCCCUCCAGUGGCAGAGCUCCGAAAGGAUGUCCCAGGCGUGGGAUCCCCACGGGAAAAACUGAAAGUGCUCGGUCUCCUGCUCUGUGCUGUUUGCUGCUUCAGGGUCUUUGUAGAUAGCUGUGUGCUAGUUGAUGAUUAACCAAGGUAUGACAAUUGCAACAUGCGCAUGGCCCUAGAGAUCCAGGUUUCUCUGCGUGGGAAAAGGAGCUAGCAGGUGAUUGCAUGGGGAGCCUUCUCCAUGCCCUGGAAUUUCAGGAUUCAGCAGGGCCCACAGCUGAGCUGCUGAUGCUGGAAAACCCACAAAGGAAUCUGUGGCUGGAAAGGCGGUCCUAGUGGAAGUCCCCUGCAGAUGGAUAGGAAGGCUGCCUUCUAACCCACCGGAAUGGAGAAGGCAGCUCCCAGCGAGACCCAGCCCCUCGCGCCUCCAAAGGCCUCGAACUGUAAGGAAGGGGAUGACUGCUCAGAGAACGGACUCCUGAUCAAGAUCACAGAACCUAAAUUCCAACUGGCGGAGGGUGCAAACCAAGCCCACCCUAGCCAGGGAGAAAAGGAGGAGACCACGAGCCCUGUGUCCAAUGGGAUUUCAGGAGCCCAGAGCCCAAGUCCUUGCAAUGCGACAGGGGGCAGCGAAGGCACCCCUCCCACACCCGCUGCUCCCAUGACCACCACCCUCUGUGUGGCAGAGGGUCAGCAGCAGCUGAUGGAGCUGGAUGAGAGGGAGACUUGGAGCAAGAAAGUGGACUUUCUCCUCUCUGUUAUUGGCUAUGCAGUAGAUCUAGGAAAUGUAUGGCGCUUCCCUUAUAUAUGUUACCAAAACGGAGGAGGAGCUUUCCUCAUCCCGUACACAAUCAUGGCUAUCUUUGGAGGGAUCCCGCUCUUCUACAUGGAGCUGGCACUGGGGCAGUAUCACCGAAAUGGAUGCAUCUCAAUCUGGAGGAAGAUCUGUCCCAUUUUCAAAGGAAUUGGCUAUGCCAUCUGCAUCAUUGGCUUCUACAUUGCCUCAUACUACAACACCAUCAUGGCAUGGGCCUUGUACUACCUCAUCUCCUCGUUCACGAGUGAGCUGCCCUGGACCAGCUGCAAAAACCCCUGGAACACCAACAACUGCACAAACUACUUCUCCAACAAGAGCACCGCCUGGACUGCCAACUCGACCUCCCCGGCAGAAGAAUUUUACACCCGCCACAUUCUCCAAGUGCACAGAUCCAAGGGGCUGGAUGACCUGGGAGGAAUCAGCUGGCAGCUCGUCCUGUGUUUGAUGCUUAUCUUCACCAUUGUGUACUUCAGCAUCUGGAAAGGAGUCAAAACAUCUGGAAAGGUUGUGUGGGUGACUGCCACAUUCCCUUAUGUCAUACUCUUUGUCCUCUUAAUACGGGGCGCUACCUUGCCUGGGGCCUGGAGAGGGGUGGUCUACUACCUGAAGCCCGAAUGGGAUAAGCUUUUUGCUACUGAGGUGUGGAUUGAUGCAGCUGCUCAGAUCUUCUUCUCUCUCGGCCCAGGAUUUGGGGUCCUCCUAGCCUUUGCAAGCUACAACAAGUUCCAUAACAACUGCUACCAGGACGCUCUAGUCACCAGCACUGUGAACUGCCUGACCAGUUUUGUGUCCGGGUUCGUCAUCUUCACCGUGCUGGGGUACAUGGCUGAGAUGAGGAACCAAGAGGUGGCAGACGUGGCCCGAGACACAGGACCCAGCCUCCUCUUCAUCACCUAUGCAGAGGCCAUCGCAAACAUGCCUGCCUCCACCUUCUUUGCCAUUAUAUUCUUCCUGAUGUUGAUCACCCUGGGACUGGACAGCACAUUUGCAGGCCUAGAAGGGGUGAUCACUGCCGUCCUGGAUGAAUUCCCGCACAUCUGGAGCAAGCGCCGGGAGGUGUUUGUGCUGGGUUUCAUUGUGACCUGCUUCUUGGGUGCCAUGCCGACGCUGACCUUUGGUGGUGCGUAUGUCGUAAAGCUGCUUGAAGAAUAUGCCACCGGCCCAGCUGUGAUAGCUGUGGUGUUCCUGGAAUCCAUUGCAGUGGCUUGGUUUUACGGUGUCAGCCAGUUCUGCAGUGACGUGAAAGAGAUGCUUGGAUUCAGCCCUGGGUGGUUCUGGAGAAUCUCCUGGGUGGCCAUCAGCCCAAUUUUCCUCCUGUUUAUCAUUUGCAGCUUCAUGUCGAGUCCUCCAGAACUCCGCCUCUUCGACUAUACUUAUCCUUACUGGACUGUGGUGUUGGGCUACUGUAUUGGGACCUCGUCCUUCAUUUGCAUUCCCACCUACAUGGUCUAUCGGUUGGCAACCACACCAGGGACACUUAAAGAGCGUAUUCUAAAAAGCAUUACUCCAGAAACAGCCACAGAGAUUCCCUUUGGUGACAUCUGUAUGAAUGCUGCCUAAACAGCUGUUAGUGGGAGGUGUGUGGGGGGAGGGGGUUCACUAGCUCCUUGACUCUCUUGUUGCUUUGAAGCUCCUUCCCAAAGAACUGAAUUUCCACUGAGAAGUGUGUUUGUGACAAGAGGCAGAAGUGUGGUGACAAAAGAUUAGGGCCGCUGAUCGUCUGAAACUAAAGACUGGCUGCACUCCUUAGCACCAGGCUCUCUUCUGAGUUUCGAUUCACUGCACUGGUUUUUUUGUUUUGGAAACAUGAGGAUGCGCUCAAGUGUGAAUGAGUAUCCGUUACUCCAUCCAUGGUGGGUGGGGCAAGGGGCCAUCUGAAUGCAUGCAUGGUUUACUCAAGCCUCUUGUCAGGACAACUGUCGCGAUUUAGGAUUAUAUUUAGAACUCAUCUGUCUGUGCCGACACACCUGUUAUCACUCUCAAUGUGAUCCUCUGUAAUAGAACCUGUUGUAUAUGCUUCUAGGGACCUCACUGUUUUCAACCUAGCUGAAGAAAUAUGGGAACUCACCCAGCCCAACCCAAUGCAUUUUACCAAAUUAAUAUGCAGACAAAGUUUCAUGGUUUGAAUGGGGCCUCUGCUCAACACCUGGAAGAGAGACGUUACUGAACCCCCCUGUGCAAGUGUUGAGCUUGUAUAGAACUGCGGGUCUUCUGGAGUUCUGCUAGACUUGCUGCAGAAGGAAGGAAGGAAAGUGUAUCUACCUGUAAAGAUUUUUUUGGGGGGGACCCCACUAGUUAUCUCCAAAAAAAUAGCCUAUCAGAAGAGAAAGAAAGACCCUUUUAUCUAAUAAGCUAUCUAUAUGUAGGGAUUAUGUGCUUUAGAUAAACGGAGGAGCAUUCAGACAUGAAACCUACACCGAAGUGGUACAGACCUGCAACAACUGCACCACAUGACCCUGCUAAUUCUGUACCUGGUCCUAAGAAGGGGCUCAAUCUCAGCUGAAGUGGUGAAGCCAUCCAGUGCUGGCUGUGGGGUGGAGUGGUCUGCUCACUGCCACCUGCUGCAAGACAUUUCAGAAGACUGUUAAAUCGUCACCUUGCCACACUACAUUGGUGUUCAAAUGUAUGCUGGGGUUCACCACCUGCAUUGCUCCCCCAGCUGUUCACCCACCCACCACUCCAGGUGCAAGUGUACAGGAAUGCAUUUUUGCCACCAUACAGGUGUAUCUUUUUACCUAUAGCGCUAUGUGCUUGUUAUAGCAGUCUAAUGCAUUCAGGGAGCAAAUAUUCCCAUAGCCUAGUGUAGCCACACAUAGAGGACUACUUCUUAAGAAGUGUCCUAACUGGGUUUUUGUUUGUUUUUUAAUGGAGUGGGCACAGAGCUGUUCAUUAUAUGCAACCACUCUAUAGGAGCUGUGCUCCACUGCAGCUCUGCAUCAGGAGACAUGGAAGGCAGUGACAAGUGAGGCUCUCACUUUUGAAAGCCUCUUUUAUGAGCGCUGAACUCCAAACUUAGAAAGCUGGCAGAGGCAUUAAACUUGUAUGUUUACUGCUGUUGCAAAAACAACAGGUGUAAUUAGCUGGAAGACUGAGCUACACUAAACACACACAGUGCCGAGAUUACAGUUUAUUAGGCCUUUUGACAGAUGCUGCUGUUCUGAACACACCUACCCACGGAGUCAUUAAUUGUUCCAAAGAAAACAGUAUUAAAUCAAUUUCUGGUACAUGGAAGUAACCCACCAAGUGUUUCUGCUGCACAGGCCACAUUAAAACAAGUGGGACCUGCGCAAGAGGUUGGCUUGGGCGCUUAUUUAGGCAACUGUGUGAAUUGGGACCAUGUCUACCUUUUUGUAUGGAGAAAUUAAAACUGGAGUUUUAUUUUACAAAACUAAAGCAUUCCUCUCUUAACUUGUAUAUAAAUGCGCCUGUAUUAAUUUAUGCUGCUGCUGCUUUGGUUAUGUUGAAUGUCCCAAGCUGGAUUGUAUGUCAUCAGUAUGUGCCUUGCGAUGUAAACUGUUACUGUAAUAAAUUUAAUAUCAUAAUAAAAUGACAGUUGUAUCCCC